CCGACUGCGAACUACAGCUCCUCGGCUGGCAGCGUCGGUGGUGGCCCCGGAGGAGAGCAGCGCUGCAGGGCGGUGGGGAUGUUCUGUGCCGCGGCGAACGCAGUAGCCGGGCUUCUUAGGGUGGCGGUGUAAGCGGGCGCCUGCUUGUGCGCGCUCGCUCUCCUUCCCCCGCACCGGUCAUGCGCCCGGCGUUCGCGGUGGGCCUGGUGUUCGCAGGCUGCUGCAGUAACGUGAUCUUCCUAGAGCUCCUGGCCCGGAAGCAUCCAGGAUGUGGGAACAUUGUGACAUUUGCACAGUUUUUAUUUAUUGCCGUGGAAGGCUUCCUCUUUGAAGCUGAUUUGGGAAGGAAGCGGCCAGCCAUCCCAAUCAGGUACUAUGCUGUGAUGGUCACCAUGUUCUUCACUGUCAGCGUGGUGAACAACUAUGCCCUGAAUCUCAACAUCGCCAUGCCCCUGCAUAUGAUAUUUAGAUCUGGUUCUCUAAUUGCCAACAUGAUCCUAGGAAUUAUCAUUUUGAAGAAAAGAUACAGCAUAUUCAAAUAUACCUCCAUUGCCCUGGUGUCUGUGGGGAUAUUUAUUUGCACUUUCAUGUCAGCAAAGCAGGUGACCUCCCAGUCCAGCUCCAGCGAGAAUGACGGAUUCCAGGCAUUUCUAAGGUGGUUACUAGGUAUAGGGGCACUGACUUUUGCUCUUCUGAUGUCAGCAAGGAUGGGCAUUUUCCAGGAGACCUUAUACAAACAAUUUGGGAAGCACUCGAAGGAGGCUUUGUUUUAUAAUCACGCCCUUCCCCUCCCGGGUUUCAUCUUCCUGGCUUCUGACAUUUAUGACCAUGCGGUUCUGUUCAAUAAGUCUGAAUUGUACCAAGUUCCCUUCAUUGGUGUGACAGUGCCCAUCAUGUGGUUCUACCUCCUCAUGAAUGUCAUCACUCAGUACGUGUGCAUCCGGGGUGUCUUUAUCCUCACCACAGAAUGCGCCUCCCUUACCGUCACCCUUGUCGUGACUCUGCGCAAGUUUGUCAGCCUCAUCUUUUCCAUCUUGUACUUCCAGAACCCUUUCACUCUGUGGCACUGGCUGGGUACCUUGUUUGUCUUCGUUGGGACCCUAAUGUACACAGAGGUGUGGAACAACCUAGGGACCACAAAAAGCCAGCUUCAGAAGGAGGACAAGAAGGACUGAGGUCAGCCUGGAACAGAGAGACCAGUGUCAAAAUGGGCCAGGGUCUGGUGAAGGUCUGGCCACCGUUUCGCUUUUGUUAAUGCCGAAGUAUUGAACCAGCCGUGUACCAGAGAAUCCUCAGAACGAGGGACGCCUCAGAUUUCUUACCGCUGUAGACACCAACGUUUGUGGACUCUGAAUGGAAACCCCGCAACCCCGAAAUAGAAAUAAGAACAGUUGUCCACUAUUGAACAGCCAGUUGGGUUGUUACUUGUUUACCAGAAUAUUUAGUACUGUUACUUGUUUAUUGAAUUCUGAGUCCUCAGAGCUUCUAGUUUUAUAUCCGUGGUCUCGGGCAAGAUUAUCUCUUGUUGCUAUUCUGAUGGUUCUCUGCCAUACAGUCAUUAUCAUCCUGUGGCCUCGUCCCUUUUUUUUUUUUUUUGGUCACCUUUCCCCUCCCCCCUCCCCCCCAACCCCAGCAGCACUCUCAGCCAGUCAGACGCUCCAGGGAUCAUCAUCAGGAACAACUGAAUGGCCAGGUGAACGGAGACACCAAGGACGUUGGCCUGGGAAGGAAACAGUCGUCCUGUGAGCUGAGCCCUGGUAACGCUGGAGCAGGACUGAUGGGAAUCCUUUCCCACAGCUUUUUUUUUUUUUUUUUUCCCCUAUGCAAAAGUCUUUUAUUUUCUGUGCUUGAAACAAACCUGCAGCAUAUCUCUAUGGCACAAAGUUAAGAAAGAAAGGUCGUGUAUGAAUUGGGAGAGACGUUCUCCCUCAGUCUUCUACAUGAACCCCGUUAGCUCAGAGAUGCGAUGGUGACACCACAAUGGCGGGGAGAAGCUGGCCCUCGUCAGCACCGAGAGAGCCACAGCUAAAUGUUCGAAAGGCUUCUUCACCAGAGAGAUGCAGCCCUGCCGGUCAGUCUGAUAAGAGUCCUGGUCCGUCAGGCUAAGGAGUAGACUGAUACAUGGUGGGUGUGGGUUGUGGUGUAUAAGUUCAAAUCACAACUAAAAUGAAAAGUUUUUUGGUUUUUUUUUCCUAUGAGGUAUCUUAAUGUUCUUGAUGGAUAAUCUGCGGGGGCUUGGGAGGUCGUGUGUUUUACUCCGUGUAGAAACCUGCCCCCCUUUGGCUGAUCACGUCGGAGGUGUAGUUUCCCACCCUGGGAAACUUUGGAGAAAGAGGAACAAUGUGAACGUAGAGUGUAGGGGUGUGUGCGCACUCGUGUAGCUUGUGUGAUAAUACUGGAGGAGAGAAGAGCGUGAAAAUCUGUUCUUUUAUUUUCUUGUUCUUCACUCAGCCCCAGACCUUCAUUAACCUCCCACAAGCACAUGCUUUUCUUUUUUGCACACAAAGGCCUUUCAUGUUUUUCCGGAUGCAGAUUGUGGUCUUAACUUGCGACGUGGCUCUCCGGGUCCCCGUGGCUCACUCUGUGGUGUGUCGUGUUUCCUUCUCUUUCUGCAGCUUUUGUCUGAGGGGGUCUGAGAUAAGUGUUCUAGAACCUUUGGGUCGCUCUGGGGAAGUAACGUAAGUUGCCUCGCUCGUUCCAUAACGUGGGUAUUGUUUCUCCAUCUAAGUCACAGGGUUUUCAGACUGAUUUGUCGUUCUGGACAUUAGUGAUUUAUUCUAAAAGAUGGUGAAUUUGGUAUGAACCCAUUUAUAGAACCAAAAGGCAUUUUCUUUGAAAUACCUAGAGCUCCUCAGACUGAUGGUGCUAUGAAUAGCAUCUGUUAAAUAUCCUCUUAAAAACAAAAAUAAAAGCUACUUUUGUAAAAAAAAAAAAAAAAAAAAAAAAAAAAUCACUUAAUAGAAGAACCUGCCCCUGGGGGCUAUUGGAUUGCAAUGUGUCUGGAGUCUUAACAGGCUAGAACCUUACCUAACUUAGUGUCCUUUUUAUGUUGAUGAAAAUUUGUAGUAAUCGAAAUGUAUUGGUGUCCCCAGAGAGCAUUUAACUGGGUCUAUUAGGUUUUAGAUUCUGGUUUUAGGGAGUAUAUGUUCCUCUCAGAUGAAUACCUCUGCUGGUUUUAUUAACCAGAGGUUAUAUGUGGACAGAUUAGUGCACUCACACAAUAAAAUAGAACACAUAACAGAAUGUCUCAAAUGCCCUGUGAGUUGAUUUUUCUGUCUAGUGGCCGGAAUGUAAGAAAUAGAUGUCUAAUGGACACUAGUUAAUACUUUCAUUAGAAACUUUGGUUUUUUUUGGGGGGGGGAGCCAUUUAUUUCCAUUAGAUAACUGGCUUUUCAUUCCAGGUUGAAAUUAAUUUCAACUUGUAUUAAAGGGGCAAAUAAACCAUUUUGUAGAAAACCAGACCUAUGUAACCAGAAGAGAAUUGUCUAUUAAAUGCUUCUCUUCUUUCUCUGGGUCAAGACUAUGUAACUUUGUACUCCAUAGAUAGUUUGUUUACAAAAGAGAUUUGGUGUUUAAGAGCAAAGAUCAAACAGGAUGACACUAGUGAGAAAGUAUUGUGUGUGUGUGUGUACCCGUUUUAACACCUUGACUGGUAUCGUAAAGUAACAGGAGAAAAUGGUAGAUAUUUGAAUUAUAUUAACAUAGUGUCUCCGUAGCCUUUACCACAGUUCUGUUGUCACAUUAUAAAUGCUGUCUUUUUCACUUGUCAUUAAUUUAUUUUUGAUCCUGUAUUUUCCUUUUCAUCCAACAAAAGCAAUCAUUAAUGCUUGACAGAAACUUGCAAGUUUUUUUUUUUUUUUCCAACGUUUAUUUAUUUUGGGGACAGAGAGAGACAGAGCAUGAACGGGGGAGGGGCAGAGAGAGAGGGAGACACAGAUUCGGAAACAGGCUCCAGGCUCUGAGCCAUCAGCCCAGAGCCUGACGCGGGGCUCGAACUCACGGACCGCGAGAUCGUGACCUGGCUGAAGUCGGAUGCUUAGCCGACUGCGCCACCCAGGCGCCCCAAAAACUUGCAAGUUUUAAAGUACUAGGACAUACUCUCGUCUUUCCCCCUUCUUCCUGCGCAGUUAUCCUAAAUGAAAUGCUACAGUACUGUAUUCUUCUGGGAAGAUUAAUGGACAUUUUUAAAAGGUUCUAAUAUCUUGGAGUCAUUUCUUGAGCACCUUUGCCCUAUUUUUUUUCCUCUCCUCAGCACCACCUCCAGUUUCUUCACUGCAGCUUGUGUUCACGUGUGUAGUUUUCUACUGAGCACCACCUAUAAUCUUGUAUGUUUAGGCCUCUAUUCUUUGGGGCCUCUCAGAUGUUUUUGUGGGUUUUUACAAGGUAUUUAUAUCUGUGUAGCACGUAUUUUGUUAUACAUGGUUAGCAGCAUUGAUACUUGGAGUGUGAGAAUAUCUGACCCACAUGUGAGUAUAUGUAUAGCUAAGUAUGAACAUAAGGGUUAAUGUAAAAAUGUUUAUAUAUUUUGUUACCUCAAACUGGGGCUGAGAAUCUUAACUACCAUUCCCUUCUAUGUUUGGAAAAUAAUUUUGCUUGCUCUUUUCACCCACCUUGAGCUGACUUUAUUCAACAGUGCCAAACGCCUAUGAGGGUGUGGGCGGGGGGUGGAAAACCUCAGGAAUUAUUCAAAGCCCAUGAGUUAGCUGUGGGCCUGCUCAUGGGUGGACCAGUUGGCAUGUUAGAGUGAAGGGGAGGAAGAAAUUUUCCUCUGUCCAAGGUUCUUCCUGCUGGACUCGAAAUUAAAUUUACAUGAGACCGAUUAAGAGGAGAAAAAUCAGUUUUAUUUUGUGCACACAGUACCCAUAAUGAAACUGACACCCAAACGAAAGACUAAAGCAGGCACUUAAAAAAUACAUACAUUUUAGACAGUAAAUCUGUCAGGAAUUGAUAGGAAAAGAAAAUGAAUGGGAGCAUUAGUAAGGUUUCGGGCUGCAGUUGUAGAUUAGUAAAAAUGUAAGCAAGUUUAUUUCUGCAGAUUUGUUUUUUAUUAACGUUUAUUAUUUUUGAGAGAGAGUGACAGAGUGUGAGCAGAGAGGGAGACACAGAAUCCGA